UGCUCAGCCUCUGCAUGCUGCCCCUUAGGGAGGAGGUCCUGGGUUAGGAGUGUUUCUGGUAUCUGUGGAAGAGCAUCCAGGUUUUGCUGCUUCCAUUGCAGUCAUUUCUAUUCCUAAGACAGGAGCUGUGGAAUUUGGAUGCUUAGAUGGAGCAGAUGCUUGGGCUAAGAGCUGCAGUCCUGUUCCUAGGACAAGUCUGGGUGGGUCAGUGAUGGGUGGUGGUGCUGCCUGCUCUGCUGUGAGCUGCGUUUGGGUGAUUGAGGGCUUCUUUAUCUAAUGCUGCAAUGGGGCUGUGACAGGGGGUGAGCAGAAUCUGGGUGUUAGUGUCCAAAUAGUGGGGAAGUGCAGGGUCUGUGCUCCUCUGCCUUGCUGCAGUCAGUUCGUGGACCUGCUCAUCUCUUCCUAUGUUCCCUCUAUGCCUGGGUACAGCUGCAGGUGCAUGCACCCCUGCAUCCUGGCUAUGCUUUUGCUCCUCUCUGCUUCGAUUGUGUCUAAAACCUGCUCCACAGAUUGAGAUGAGAGAAUGGGGGCAGAGGGAGGUGGUUCUCCCUUCCACCUGCAGAGGCAGCUUUGCCAUAUCAGUUAAAACCCUCAGUGAUGCCCCUGAGCCCAUUAGCAUUGCAGGCUCGUGGGGAUGGUUUGGAAGGCGUUGUGGGAAACAUAUUUCUGCAUAGAUUCCCCAUUGUGCAGCCUCGAGUGGUGGUCAGUGAGGGGAGGGCCAGGGCUCUCCCAUAAGGGAUUUAAAGGGAGUGUGACUGGGGCUGCCUGGUGCUCACCAUCACCUCACAGUGGGAGCUGUUUGCCAUAAGGAUGGCUGGAGUGCCGUGCUGGGGUUGGCUGCUCUCUGUUCUGAGGAUGCUUUCCUGCAGGAAGCAGAUCCCGGCUGCCUCAGAGCACUCCAGCCUUCGCUGCUGCCUCUCCACCAUGGACCUUCUCGCUUUGGGAGUAGGCAGCACGCUGGGGGCUGGUGUCUACAUCCUGGCUAAAACCAGCUCCGGCCCCAGCAUCGUCUCUUUCCUGAUCGCAGCCGUGGUGUCUGCUAUGGCAGGGGUAUGCUAUGCUGAGUUUGGGGCCCGUGUGCCCCUGGCUGGCUCUGCCUAUCUGUACAGCUACGUGACAGUGGGUGAGCUGUGGGCAUUCAUCACUGGGUGGAACCUGCUGCUGUCCUAUGUCAUUGGUACUGCCAGUGUUGCCUGGGCCUGGAGUGCUACCUUUGACCAGCUCCUCGGCAAGAAGAUGGGGAGGUUUUUGGGUGCUCAUGCAGCCAUGAGCUCUGUGGGGCUGGCAGAGCACCCGGAUGCCUUUGCUGCUGGCCUGGUGGUGCUGCUGGCAGGGCUUCCUUCCUUCGGAGUGAAGGAGUCCACCACAGUCAACAAAGUCUUCACAGCUCUCAACGUGCUUGUCCUGGUCUUUGUCACACUGAGUGGCUUCAUCAAAGGUGACCUGAGCAACUGGAAGCUCAGGGAGGAGGACCUGCCAUGGGCAGUUGGGAACCAGUCUGUGGCUGACAACACGACCAGUGCCUUUGGGGUGGGAGGCUUCAUGCCCUAUGGUUUCAGUGGGACCCUGGCUGGAGCCUCUGCCUGUUUCUAUGCCUUUGUUGGGUUUGACUGCAUCGCUACCACAGGGGAAGAAGUGAGGAACCCGCAGAGAUCCAUCCCCAUGGGCAUCAUCCUCUCCCUCCUCAUCUGCUUCCUGGCGUACUUUGGGGUGUCCGCUGCCCUCACCCUGAUGAUGCCCUACUACCUCCUGGACACCAUGAGCCUGCUCCCAGUGGCUUUUGAGUACAUUGGUUGGAGCAGUGCAAAGCAUGCUGUGGCUGUGGGGUCACUGUGUGCCCUGACAACCAGUCUCUUGGGCUCCAUGUUCCCCAUGCCAUGGAUCCUGUAUGUGAUGGCUCAAGAUGGGCUCCUCUUCAAACCUCUGGCCAAAGUGAGUCGCCAUCAGUGCCCAGUGGUGGCAACGCUGGUGUCUGGAGCAGUGGCAGCGCUCCUGGCCCUCCUCUUUGACCUGAAAGCCCUGGUUGACAUGAUGUCCAUCGGCACACUGCUGGCUUACUCUCUGGUGGCUGGCUGUGUACUGCUGCUCAGAUAUCGGCCUGGAUCCAGCACUAAGGGCACUCCUGCAGGGAAGCUCCUGGCUGUGCAGCUCUGGUGGGACCAUCUUGUCCAUCCACCCUCGCAUCCCACCCCCUGUUCCUCCUCUGCAGUGGCCUGGGCUCUGACAGCCAUAGCCACCCUGGUGUGUGCUGUGAGCUGGGUGAGCACCACGGGGCUGCAGUGCCUCUGUGCCGGGGGUGCCUGGUGCAUCACUGCCCUGGCUCUGCCUCUCCUGGGGAUCCUGGUGGCAGCUCUGCUCAUCUGGAGGCAGCCUCAGAGCCCGGAGAGAGCAUCCUUCAUGGUCCCCUGCCUACCCUUCCUGCCCCUUCUCAGCAUCACCAUCAACAGCAUCCUUAUGGCCCGGCUCAGUGUGGGUGCCUGGCUGUGGUACCUGCUCUGGAUGGCCAUUGGCUUCCUUAUUUACUUUGGCUAUGGGAUCUGGCACAGCGCUGCGAGCCACCAGCCUGAAGGGGCAGCUCCCUGGGAGGCAAUGGGAAGCACAGCCAGGGAAGUGACCUUGGAGCCCUCCGGGACUGUGCAGUGCCCGUCUGCUCCAGGUUCCCAGCACUCCCCUUUCCCAGAGCCAGGCACAUUCCUCCAGGUCCCACGCAGCAUCUGCCUUGGGGGCACUGGGACGUGGUACCAGCCCUGCCGCGAGCUGCUCCUGCACCAUCCCCAAACCCACCGACAUGGGAUUCUGAGGCUGCUGCUUCUUACAGACUUGUAAUUGUUACAGCCAGUGGCACAUUGGCCUGGUGCGUGUCCACACACACAAACACCCCAGGGCUCAGCAGCCCUGGGGAGGGGACAGGCCAGUGGCAGCCCCCAGAGCAGUGACCAUCUCACCGUGCUCAUGCACCCAGUGGAAAGUGCUUGUGUGCAUCCAGCCCUGCUGGCAGCAUUUUCCCCAAUGGGGAUGUGCUGGCUUGGAGCAGGGGGGGAUGUGACCCGCUGA